AUGGCCUUUCGAUACCUCCAAUACGCGGCAUUCAUCGCAGCAACAGCAUCUUUUUCCCGAGCGCAGAAAUCCGCAAAUGUGCCCGACGACCUGCAAACAAGUUUGGAAUUUAGCGACAAAGAGCUUCAAGUAUCAUACACCAACGAAGCAGUAAAUGGCUUCGCAGACGGUACAACAUUCGAGAAAGACGCCGUUGAAUCAGAACCGACCUUCGCCCUCGGCGACAGCAGCGGCAUAUCACCCACGAUACUGUACACCAUUGUCCUCGUCGACACAACGUGUCCUAACGCACGCACACUACACUACGCGCGCGCGAACUUCAAAUAUAACUUUGACAUCACUAACGUCAACACAUCCUCCACCGCGUUGUUGGAGUACAAAGCGCCGGGCGCGUUCGGUGAAACGGGGAACGACAGGCAGUACAGCUGGCUGAUGUACACAAAUCCAAAGCGCAAGGAGAUCUCAGAGUUGAAACUACCGACGGAGGGAGAGGCGUUUGAUGUGGGGCAGUGGCAGAGUGACAAUGGGCUGGAAGAUCCGAGUGCGGGUGUGGGAAUGGUUGUCAAGUUGGGCGGAACGGCGAAUUGCGACGGA